CAAAGAGACACAGCUUGAACACCAAUGCCAGUGAAGGGAAAGAGCAGAGUUCUCAUCGCUGCGCUCCUGUUGCUGUGCGCCGGUUGUGAUGGAGACGAGUCGCAGCCCCAGGGAGAUUCACCUCCAGCGCACUGUACCACGAGCCUGGAGGGAGUGUUGUGUACUCUGUCUGAAGCCCAUCUGAAUGGUUCUGGUCCUACCAGACUAGAGGUCUCUGCUGGACAGAGGCUCCUGAUCAUCAUGCAGAGCCUCCCAGGAGACCCUGUCUGCAGCUGGAGCCGUGGAGCUGACCCAAAAAGAUGGGGCUAUUCCAUGGCCAUACCACAGACACCUGUGAGUGAUUCUGGAGAGUACACAUUCAGCUGUGAGAGAGGCGGGAUCAACUCCUCUCUGACCCUCUCUCUACUGGUUAGACCUCUGAGACUCCCCACAAAACCACAGUUGAAAUAUAUCCCUGGGAAAAAAGGCUUCUUACCAGACUUUCAGUGUUCUUCAGAGGGAAACCCCAAGCCAAAGAUCAAAUGGUUCAAUAACCUUGACAAGACUGGAAAAGGAAGUGAUGGGACAGACAUUCCAUCUACGAACAAAGAGAGGGCUAACAACACAGAGAAAAGUACAAAUUACUACAGGACAACAGUUAUGUGCUGUGCUAGCAAUUCUGAAGGAGAGGCGUGUUCUCAACUAUAUGAUUACGAUCUGGACCGUGUCAGUGGUAAGGAUGAUGAGGCUCCAGAGAUCACUGUGAGUCUUGGGCAGCCCCUGCUGCUCAGCUGUCGGCAGAAAAAGGACAGCGCCACACAGUGGCUGACUGACAACCAGGAACCAAUCCCCAAAUAUCGAUUCACAUAUAAAGAAAUAUAUGUGACCUACCUGUUCAUUGAGUCAGUGAGAGUGAACCACAGUGGAAUCUAUACGUGCUGGAGCAACAAGAACAAGAUGAAAUCCACCCACGUCCAGGUCCUAGAGAAGGGCUUCAUUUCCAUCGACCAGCUCAAUGAGAGCAGUACCAUCUCAGCCCAGGAGAAGCCAGGGUUCUGUCUGCGGGCCCUGGUCUCCUCACACCCUCUCCUACGCUGCCAUUGGCUGGGCCCGGACAGCAGACAGACCCAGUGCCCUGAGCCCACACGGCUCUGGAAGAACAGGACUCUGGAGUUGUGUAACACUGAGCCAGGAGAGUACCAGUUACACCUGGAGGCUGGGGAGCUGAACCUCACAAAGAGCCUCUCUCUGUGUGUGGCAGGUACGUCCACCCUCAGUAUUUUACAGAAUGGAGACAUCAUCACCUGUGAGACCAACACCCCCCUCCCCUUUAACCUCACCUGGCGCUCCUGCUCUCUGACCAAUGACAGCUGUCAGUCAGAGUCUUCAGCCUGGAAGGAGAUCCCUGCCCCUCCCCCGGAGCUCUCUGACUCAGACCAGUUCUGCCAUAAGAGGGUCCUCAGCUCCCUGGACAGUACCGGGGUGGGGGACUUUGUCAAGUGCUGCAUCACAAACUCUGUCCACUUACAGUCACACUGCAGUGAGACACUGUUCAACAUACAACCCUCCUCUCAACUCCUGAAAGUGUCCAGUCUGGUCCUGUUGCUGGCUUUGAUGCUGGUCAGCGUGGCACUACUCUACUUCAUCAGGAAGAAGAAACCCCAGUAUCAGAGUCAGGUGCAGAUGAUCCAGAUGGUAGGGCCUAAUGACAACGACUACAUCUACAUCAACUUCAAAGACUUCCAGUACGACCAGAAAUGGGAGUUCCCCAGAGAGAACCUGGAGCUGGGGAAGGAGCUGGGCUCUGGGGCCUUUGGCAUGGUGGUUCAGGCUACAGCCUACGGCAUCAGCAAGCCUGGGGUCUCCCUGCAGGUGGCUGUCAAGAUGUUGAAAGAGAAGCAUGAGGCAGUGGAGAAGGAGGCUCUGAUGUCAGAGCUGAAGAUGCUGACUCACAUCGGACAGCAUGCCAACAUUGUCAACCUGCUGGGGGCGUGCACUGGCUCAGGGCCCACGUACCUGAUCUUUCAGUACUGCUGUAACGGGGACUUGCUGAACUACCUGAAGAACAACAGAGAGCUCUACCACAAGUCUCUGACCGACGCCUUCACCAGGGACCGCUUCAGCAGACUUUACCACAACCUGCCCAAGAGGAGCUCCAGGUUGGGGGGAGGGAUGGGUGAGUUCCAGAGGCCAGUGGACAGCAUGUACGUCCCCAUGUCCCCCACCACCACUAGAGGGCAAGAGAGCAUCGCCCUGAUCAGCCUCAACUCUUCUCCAAUGAGCACCUCUGAUGGUCCAGGGAUCUAUGAGGAGUUAGAGAAGCUGCAGGAGGAGGAGGAGGAGGAAGAGGAGGCGUUGACCUACAACGACCUGCUCAGCUUCUCCUAUCAGGUGGCCAAGGGCAUGGACUUCCUGUCCUCCAAGCACUGUAUCCAUCGGGACCUUGCGGCCAGGAACGUGUUGGUGACUCAGGGUGGACUAGUAAAGAUCGGAGACUUUGGACUGGCCCGGGACAUCGACAACGACUCCAACUACGUAGUGAGAGGAAAUGUGCGUCUGCCAGUGAAAUGGAUGGCUCCAGAGAGUAUCUUCCAGGGGAUGUACACCAUGCAGAGCGAUGUCUGGGCCUAUGGUAUCCUGCUGUGGGAGGUCUUCUCUCUGGGUGUGACCCCCUACCCGGGGAUAAAGGUGGACAACAACUUCUAUGUGAUGAUAGAGAGAGGUUUUAAGAUGGAGCAGCCAUACUACGCCAGUGAAUCUGUGUAUAUGACCAUGUGUAAGUGCUGGGCCUUGGAGCCUCAGGACCGCCCUCACUUCUCCAAGCUAGUGGCCUUCAUGGACGACCAACUGGCCGACAUGGAGGAGAAGCUCUACCAUAACAUAUUGGACAAGAGCUGCAAUCAUGCGUUAUACCAGAAUGCACUAGUGAAAUAUGAUCUCUCAGCCUUGGCCAAAGAAAAUAGUCUUCAGACACAGUCACAGAACCAAUACUGCAAGACCCACUCCACUGGAGAGGCCCCAACAACAACAACAACAACACUGUCUGACAUGGAUGCCAUGGAGACUGAUGAUGAUGACAAACCUCUGAAACCACGUCAGUGAGUGCAGUGGCCUUCUAUCUAUCUUUCUAAUUUGUCUAUUCCAUACAGAUCUCACGUAUUAUAUCCUGGUAGUGUAUGUUUGUAUAUUGCUUUGGAUUUCAAAUGCACUUAUGACUUGCUUUAUCCAAAUAUGUUUAACAAUGAAUACGUCAAUUAAAACUAUGUUUUUGUAUCAAAGGCUCGCUCCAUCACUGUAGGAAUUGCUAAAGUCAUAUUUAACAUUGUAACAUAGUAAUGAAUGUAGCAUUUAAUACAACCUGUUUUUGUGAGCAUAUUAUACACUGUGUGCAACUAAUGCAAUAUUAAUCGUGUUAUUGCUUUUGGAGAAGAGAUAUUUCAAUACUUUUGACAGCUGGAUUAUUCUUUUUUUUUUUCUUAGUGUGAAGUUGCUUUAUUUUUAACAAUCUAAUGAUUUAGUUUUUCUGUAUGUUUGUCCAUCUGAGUUCUGGAAAUUAUUCAUAUAUUUGAAAUAAAGUACUUGAAAUUA